AUGGUGCAGAAAUCCCGGAACGGCGGGGUGUUCCCCGGAGCGCAGGCCGACCAGAAGAAGCUGAAGGUGGGCUUCGUGGGUCUGGAGGCCGGGGGGACCGAGUCCAGCAGGGAUGGAGCUCUGCUCAUAGCAGGUGGUGAGGAGGGGCCUCGGCGGCAGCGCAGCAGCGUCUCUGGAGUAAAGAAACCUCCGAAGCGAAACGCCCUCUACAGACGACUGCAGAACUUCCUGUACAACGUCCUCGAGAGACCUCGGGGAUGGGCCUUCAUCUACCACGCCUAUGUGUUCGUGCUGGUGUUCUCCUGUCUGGUUCUGUCCGUGUUCUCCACCAUCAGAGAGUACGAGAAGUCUUCAGAGGACGCUCUCUACAUUCUGGAAGUAGUGACCAUUGUGGUGUUCGGGGUGGAGUACAUGGUGAGGAUCUGGGCUGCAGGAUGCUGCUGUCGCUACAGAGGAUGGAGAGGACGACUCAAAUUCGCCAGGAAACCUUUCUGCGUCAUCGACGUCAUGGUGUUGAUAGCCUCCAUCUCAGUGUUGGCUGCAGGGACUCAGGGGAACGUCUUCGCCACUUCAGCCAUCAGGUCGCUUCGUUUCCUUCAGAUUCUGAGGAUGAUCAGGAUGGACCGACGGGGAGGAACCUGGAAACUGCUGGGGUCGGUGGUCUACGCCCACAGCAAGGAGUUGAUCACUGCAUGGUAUAUCGGCUUCCUGUGUCUCAUUCUGGCCAGUUUCCUCGUUUAUUUGGCUGAAAAAGAGGACAACGAACAGUUUGAGACGUAUGCAGACGCCCUCUGGUGGGGACUGAUCACCUUGACAACCAUCGGCUACGGAGACAAGUUCCCCAUCACCUGGAACGGACGUCUGCUGGCUGCAACCUUCACUCUGAUCGGAGUUUCCUUCUUUGCUCUGCCCGCUGGGAUCCUGGGUUCAGGCUUUGCUCUGAAGGUUCAGGAGCAGCACCGACAGAAACACUUUGAGAAGAGACGGAACCCAGCAGCCGGUCUCAUCCAGGCGGCGUGGAGGGUUUACGCCACAAAUCUGAGCCGAACUGAUCUGAAUUCAACCUGGGAUUAUUACGAGAGGACUGUCUCCGUCCCCAUGUACAGGUUGAUCCCUCCCCUCAAUCAGUUGGAUUUAUUGAGGAACCUCAAGAACAAAUCAGGACUCUCGUUCAGGAAGGAUGUCCAGCCUGAACCGUCUCCCAGUCAGAAGGUCAGUCUGAAGGAGUGGGUCUUCUCGUCUCCCCGGAGUUCAGGAACCAAAGGGAAAGGUUCUCCUCAGAACGGUGGCGUCCAGGCCCUGAGACGGUCCCCCAGCACGCCCAAUCCGGAGGAGAGUCCCAGCAAGGUUCCAAAGAGCUGGAGCUUCGGAGAACGCAGCAGAACCAGACAGGCCUUCAGGAUCCGAGGAGCCGCCUCCCGCCAGAACUCUGAAGACGCCAGCCUGCCAGGAGAAGACAUGGCCGACGACAACAAGAGCUGCCACUGUGAGUUCGUCCCUCAGGAUCUGACCCCGGGGUUAAAGGUCACCAUCAGAGCCAUCUGUAUCAUGCGCUUCAUGGUGUCAAAGAGGAAGUUUAAAGAGAGUCUUCGUCCCUAUGAUGUAAUGGAUGUGAUUGAACAGUAUUCAGCCGGACAUCUGGACAUGCUCGCCCGCAUCAAGAACCUCCAGUCAAGGGUGGAUCAGAUAGUCGGCAGAGGGACACCAAUCACAGACAAGGACCGUCCCAAAACGGCCAACGAGGAGAUUCCCGAGGAUCCGAGCAUGAUGGGGCGGUUGGGGAAGGUGGAGAAGCAGGUCCUGUCCAUGGAGAGAAAGUUGGACUUCCUGGUUAACAUCUACAUCCAGCGAAUGGGAAUCCCUCAGGCCGAGACCGACGCCUACUUCGGAGCCAAGGAGCCGGACCCGGCCCCGCCCUACCACAGUCCAGUGGAUCAACGCGACCACAUCGAGAAGAGUCGUUUCGUGACAAAGAUGGUCCGCUCCAGCAGCUCCACCGAACACAGGAACUGCAACGCCCCCACCUGUCCGCCCUCCACCUCCUGGCAGCCAAUCAGCUCCCAGCUCCACCAGCAGGCCCCGCCCCCUCCCCACCGCAGCCAUGGCAACACUCUGAGUCCAGUGGGCGACGGGUCACUGGUUCGACUCCCGCCUCCUCCGGCCGGAGAGAGACACGGCGGGAACCGAUCGAACCGGCACAGCACCGGAGAACGAGGGGGGGCAGAGAGACCAGAGAGGGGAGGAGGAGAAGGAGGAGAAGGAGAAGGAGGAGGAGGAGGAGGGGAGGAGGUGAAGCCGGACAGUGACGCCUCCGUUUCCAUACUGUCCGUUGACCACGAGGAGCUGGAGCGCUCCUUCAGCGGCUUCUCCAUCUCCCAGUCCAGAGAGAACCUGGACUUCCUCAACAACAGAGGUAGAGGUGCCGCCCGCUGUGCCACCGUCCGGCCAUACAUCGCAGAGGGGGAGUCGGACUCUGACUCGGAGCUCUGCGCUCCCUCACCACAAUCGGACCAGGCCUGGACCGAAACCAAGUAGAGGCCAAGGUAAACCGGAGCAGAACCAG